AUGCUGAGCCAGACGAGGUCGUUCGUGCUCUGGGGAAACAGGAAACAGUUGGAGCACACAGAGAAGAGCUUCGUGGUUCCAGACCGACAGCUGCGUCAUGGCAGGUGUGCCUUUCCAUUCACCUAUAAUAAUGGAACGUUCUAUGCUUGCAUCAAGAGCUUGACAAAACAUAAGUGGUGUUCAUUAAACAGCACUUACAGCGGGUAUUGGAAGUACUGUGGCAAAGAAGGUGAGUGUCUUGUCCCUGAAUACCUCAAGGCGGUCACCUUGGGCACUGGGGCUGAGGUUGGGUGA